AUGGCAGCCCUACAGAAAUUGUUCAACUUGCGUGCGCCUGUCGGUACCUUCGUGCGCGGUAUCAGCACCAGCGUACCACGGUUCGAAAUCUUUAAAGUACAAACUCCGGAAGAGUUUAACGAAAAAGUUCGCAACAGCAAGGACCCGGUGAUCGUGGACUUCUUUGCAACGUGGUGUGCACCGUGUCGCAUGCUUACUCCGCGCAUCGAAACAGUAAUUGGUGAAAAUGAGGGCAAAGUAAAGCUGGCAAAGGUUGAUAUUGACGAGCACACGGAUCUUGCGUUGGAUUAUGAGGUUGCGUCCGUCCCAGUACUACUAGCGAUUCGCAACGGAAAGGUUGAGCAGCGGCUGGUCGGUUUACAGGAUACGGAUAAAUUACGAACGUGGGUGCAGAACGUGGUGGGAAAAACGAAAUGA